CCGCCCUCAGCACCGCCCGCGCCCGGGUGUCCUGCGGCACCGCGGCCAAAGGAGCCCGCGGAGCCGGGGUGGGACACGCAGGAUUUAGUUACAAGGGGAAGGCAGGUCUUCGAAACACAGGAUGGCUGCUCAGCAGCUACUCAAGCAAAAGAAGAAGCCCUCUAAGGAAGCAGUGCUGUUCCCUGAGAGCAUCACCACGGAGCAGCAGUCCCUGGUGCUGGUGAAAAGGCUGCUGGCCAUCUCCAUGUCCUGUAUAACCUACAUGAGGGGGCUGUUCCCGGAGAGCUCCUACGGCACUCGCUAUCUGGAUGACCUCCGUCUAAAAAUUCUCCGAGAAGAUAAAAGCUGUCUGGGAUCAUUGCAGAUAGUGAAAUGGAUUCAAGGUUGUUUUGAUGCUUUGGAGAAGCAGUAUCUACACGUGGCUGUCCUUGCAAUUUACACCAAUCCUGAGACAGUCACUGAAAUGUAUCAGUUCAAAUUCAAGUACAAAAAGAAGGUGCCCCAGAUGGACAUCAGCAGCAACCACAGGGAGUUUGUGGCUGGGCUGUGCAGCAAGGAUGUCAAACAGGCCAGCAGGCUCCUGCUCCGGACCCUGUACCUGCUCCUGCAGGACCUCGGGCCGCUGCCCAAUGACAUCACCCUGAGCAUGAAGCUGCUCUACUACAACGAUGUCACUCCCAAGGAUUACCAGCCCCCUGGCUUCAAGGAAGAUGGCAGCCCUGAGGACCUGCUGUUUGCUGGGGAUCCCAUCAACCUGAGAGUGGGCUCAGUCUCCACUGACUUCCACCUCAUGAAAGUCAGAGUGACAACUGAGAAGAAGAGGGUGAGGAAGGCUGACAGCAACCUGAUCCAGAAGAAUGGCCCUACUGAGAUCUCCCACCAAGGGCUGGACUGUGAGGAAGAGGAGGAGGAGGAGGAGGAGAACACAAAGAAUCACCCUUGCCCUGUCAGAGCAGAUUCAAAUGAGCAUGAAGGGGACAAAAGUGACACCCAUCCAGGCAGGAAAACAGAAGCAUCUUCUUUUUGCCUUGAAGAUAUAGGUAGGAAGAAUAAAAGGGGAAUAAAGGAGAUGGACAGGAUGCCUUGCUCAAGGGUGUGUCAGCAGAUAAACCUCUUGAACCUUGCCUUCAGCCAAGAAGAGGUAGUAGGACCCGAGAAGAAACGGAAGGUCAGUGAGCCAGAGAAGCUUCCUCUGAAGAGCGGGAAAUUAUGUUCGUUCUGACACACAAUACAUUUGGAAGGUGUGAGUUUGCAUUGUCAUCUGAGUGGUACAGACCAGUGUUUAACUCUUCCCCAUCCCAUGUGUAUUUCUGCAUGUUUAUCUGUCUCAUAAACAAGAGAAAACUCUGGAUUGCCAAGAGACAAUAAGCCCCAGAAGUGUCAUGGCAUUGUCAACCAGCUGCAUUUGUUUGAUGUUCUUAAGCUGAGGAUCUAUCAUUCCAGUGAAUGGUGUCUGUGUGCUUCUUUCUGCCUCUUUCCCUCACACUCCCUGCCCCUCACUGGUUAA